CAUUCUUCUUCUUCUCUCAAUUUAUUUCCUCUAUAUAACCUCGGAAACCUCCUCUUCUCGUGUCGUCGUCGCAGUAGAUUACUCGUCUCGUCUGCUACCGUAAAUUCUCCGAAAACCUCAUAAAUUUGUGAACAUGGCGGAAUCGGUGGAGCUCCCGAGUCGGCUGGCGAUCCUUCCGUUCAGGAACAAAGUCCUCCUUCCCGGCGCCAUCAUUCGCAUCCGUUGCACUUCGCCCAGCAGUGUGAAAUUGGUGGAACAGGAGCUAUGGCAGCGGGAGGAGAAGGGUUUGAUCGGCAUUUUGCCAGUUCAGGACGCUGCCUCCGAUGCCGCGGAGGCCUCGGUGGGGUCCAUGUUAUCUCAAGGCGUUGGAAGUGAAACCGGGGGUGAUAGAAGCUCCAAAGCUCAAUCCUCACCAUUGCUGGAUUUCAUGAUCUUAAUUGGUUCGCUCACUCAAGCUGUGAUAAUCGGUUUUGUCAGAGGAGUUGCUGCUCGUGCUUUGCAUUUGUCAAGAGGGGUGGAGAAGCCCAGCGGGAGGGUGACUUACAUAGUUGUGCUUGAAGGUUUAUGCAGAUUCAGUGUUCAAGAACUUAGCAAAAGGGGGAUGUAUUACACUGCGAGGAUAUCUCCUGUUGAGAUGACAAAGAUUGAGAUGGAACAAGUGGAGCAAGAUCCUGAUUUUGUUGCGCUAUCUCGCCAGUUCAAAGCAACUGCUAUGGAACUUAUCUCUGUUCUUGAGCAGAAACAAAAAACUGAGGGCAGGACUAAAGUUCUUUUGGAGACCGUUCCUGUUCACAAGUUGGCAGAUAUUUUUGUUGCUAGCUUUGAGAUAAGCUUCGAAGAGCAGUUAUCCAUGUUGGACUCAGUUGAUCCGAAAGUAAGGAUUUUGAAAGCCACUCAGCUGGUCGACAGGCAUUUACAGUCAAUACGUGUCGCAGAAAAAAUUACCCAAAAGGUUGAAGGACAGUUAUCAAAGUCACAGAAAGAAUUUCUUCUACGUCAGCAGAUGCGGGCUAUAAAAGAAGAGCUCGGAGACAAUGAUGAUGAUGAGGAUGAUGUUGCUGCAUUGGAAAGGAAGAUGCAGGCUGCAGGAAUGCCUUCAAAUAUCUGGAAACAUGCCCAGAGAGAAUUGAGGCGGCUCAAGAAGAUGCAACCUCAGCAACCUGGAUAUAACAGCUCACGUGUUUAUUUGGAGCUUCUUGCUGAGCUUCCCUGGCACAAAGCAAGUGAAGAAUCUGAAUUCGACUUAAAAGCUGCAAAAGAACGUCUUGAUAAUGACCACUAUGGUCUUGUCAAGGUCAAGCAACGGAUCAUUGAAUAUCUGGCCGUGCGAAAGCUCAAACCAGAUGCAAGAGGCCCAGUAUUGUGUUUCGUGGGCCCGCCAGGUGUUGGGAAAACAUCUUUGGCAUCAUCUAUUGCUGCUGCCUUGGGUAGAAAAUUCAUACGCAUUUCUCUUGGCGGUGUUAAGGAUGAGGCUGAUAUUAGAGGACAUAGGAGAACAUACAUUGGGAGCAUGCCAGGGCGUCUCAUCGAUGGCUUAAAGAGAGUGGGCGUUUGCAAUCCGGUUAUGCUGCUGGAUGAGAUUGACAAGACUGGCUCUGAUGUUCGUGGUGAUCCUGCCUCAGCUCUGCUUGAGGUUCUUGAUCCUGAACAGAAUGGGACAUUCAAUGAUCACUAUUUGAAUGUUCCUUUUGACCUAUCCAAGGUGAUUUUCGUUGCAACUGCAAAUCGGGCACAGCCUAUUCCUCCUCCACUGCUAGACCGUAUGGAAGUUAUUGAGCUUCCUGGUUACACUCCUGAGGAAAAGCUCAAAAUAGCCAUGCGGCAUUUGAUACCUCGCGUGUUGGAUCAACAUGGAUUGAGCUCUGACUUCCUUCAAAUUCCAGAGGAUGUGGUCAAGCUUGUGAUUCAGAGGUACACUAGGGAGGCUGGUGUUCGGAACCUAGAGAGGCACCUGGCUGCCUUGGCUCGUGCAGCAGCUGUGAAACUUGCAGAGCAAGACCAAACUGUCCCUUUGAGCAAGGAUGUUCAUCGGCUUGCCACACCAUUAUUAGAGAACAGACUUGCAGAGGGAGGUGAAAUGGAAAUGGAAGUCAUCCCAAUUGGUGAAAACACUCACGAAAUAUCCAACAGUUACAGAGUUGCUUCCUUGGUUGUGGAUGAGGCCAUGCUGGAGAAAGUUUUGGGGUUGGUCUUAGCUGGUAUUCCUGUAAUGAACAUGUUCAUUUUACAUGUAAUGCAGCCUCCACGAUUCGAUGACAAAGAGGCUGCAGAACGUGUUGCCAGCCCAGGUAUUGUGGUUGGGCUUGUUUGGACUGCCUUUGGUGGGGAGGUGCAGUUUGUGGAGGCCACAGCAAUGGCUGGGAAGGGUGAAUUGCAUCUCACUGGCCAGCUUGGUGAUGUUAUAAAGGAAUCCGCACAGAUAGCACUGACCUGGGUGCGAGCAAGGGCAACUGACCUUAAGCUGACAGCUGCUCAAGACAAUAGUCUCCUCGAAGGCAGGGACGUUCACAUACAUUUCCCAGCAGGAGCUGUACCCAAGGAUGGUCCUUCAGCAGGUGUAACACUAGUGACUGCUCUGGUUUCUUUGUUCAGUCAGCAGAGAGUAAGAGCAGAUACAGCAAUGACUGGAGAAAUGACUUUGAGGGGCCUUGUCCUUCCUGUCGGCGGCAUUAAGGACAAGAUUUUGGCUGCUCACCGCUACGGCAUCAAGAGAGUGAUCCUCCCAGAGAGAAACUUGAAGGACUUGGCUGAAGUACCAGCUGCUGUUCUCAGCAGUGUAGAGAUUCUGCUGGCAAAGAGAAUGGAAGACGUGCUGGAACAUGCGUUUGAAGGUGGCUGUCCGUGGAGACAACACUCUAGAUUAUGACGUCAAUAGAAGAUAAUUUAUACUCCUCCAAUACAAUACGGACAUGAUUCUAGCAUCGCUACUGCUGUUGUCAUUGCUUCACACGAUCAAACGCACUGGCUUCUGCAGCUUGCCAGCAAUCACAGGGAUCCGACUUUAAGCGGGCGAGAAGACUCCUUCGCUGGCAUAAAAAGAGGGACAAAGAGAGAAGAAGGUGUGAAGAGAAUAGCUGAUGCCAGAUGAUAUAACCCUCUUGUCAAAUGGUUCUUGUCGAGAUGUGCAGACAGUACAGGUUUAAGCUGUGUAUAUGUGAAACCCUUGCUAAUGAUGUUGCGGCCGGUGGCCACACACACUCUUACUCCCAACAAUUUGCUGUGUAAUGUGUAGUGCUUUCUCCUGAUACUAUACUGUAUUGUUGGCUUGGACAUGUAUCGUUGUAAUCUAUAACAUAUUGACGUCUUUUAGAAAGGACAACUCGUUCCAUCUUAGAAAGGAAACAACUUGAAUCCAAAACGAUAUAUUGAAUACGCUAAGGUGUGAACCUCGAACUCGGGUUGGUGCAGAAUGAUGAACACAAGGAAAAGAGCAAUUGGCUAUG